UUGACAUUGUUGACCUUUAUUGACCCUGGGUGGACCUGAUCAAAGUACUUCAGUCAUGUCAUCCAUUAAACAAAACCAUGUCCUCUCGAUACAGAGUACUGUUGUAUGUGGCUAUGUUGGAAACAAGUGUGCGUCGUUUGCUCUUCAGGUACAUGGGUUUGAUUUCAGUCCUAUCAACUCGGUACAGUUAUCCAAUCAUACAGGUUACAAGUUUAUAAAGGGCCAGGUUCUGGAUGCUGAUGAUGUAGACUGUCUGUAUGAAGGAUUGAAACAGAAUAAUAUACACAACCAGUUCUCCCAUCUACUCACAGGGUAUAUAGGGUCCAAAUCAUUCUUACUGAAAGUUGGUGACAUUAUACAGGACGUAAAAGACAGUAAUCCUGGAAUUGUGUAUGUAUGUGAUCCAGUGAUGGGUGACAAUGGUAAACUGUAUGUUCCAGAAGACCUGUUGCCUGUGUAUAAAGAUGUGAUCAUUCCGAAGGCAGACAUUGUCACACCAAACCAGUUUGAGGCCGAGUUGCUGACUGAUAUGAAGAUCUCAAAUGAAGCUGAUGCCCUAUUGGCCAUGCAGCGCUUAUUGGACAAAGGGCCGAGAACUGUUGUGCUCAGCAGUACAAAUCUUGGCUCUAAUGGCAAACUAGUCGCUCUAGCAUGCUCAGUAAAAAAUGGCACCAAAGAAUGUUACCGGAUAGAAAUGCCAUACCUGGAUGCGAUAUUUGUGGGCACGGGUGACCUCUUUGCUGCCUGUCUUCUUGCCUGGAUGCAGAAAGAUAGUGAUCUCAAAUCGGCCCUGGAGAAGACUGUUUCCACUGUACAAACUGUGAUACAUCGCACGCUGCAGGCAGCUAAAGAGGUCGCAGGAUCAGAGACACCAACACCUGCGCAAAUGGAGCUUCGACUAAUGCAAUCAAAAGCAGACAUAGAAAACCCGAAGAUAAACUUUACAGCACAGAAAAUAUCUUGAUGUUGUUAAAAAUUCAGGGUAGAAUGAGGGCAUUUAUAAUGAUAAAAUUGUCUCUCUUUUUUUCUUUUUUUUUGCCUGUGGUUUCAUCAUAGUCUAGGAGUUGUCACACUGUCUCCUUAUUUGGAAUAGUCUCAAAUCAUUAGAAAACAAAUGACAAAUCUCUUUGUGAUUAUUUAGACAGUUUGGAAAUCAUAUAAUAUUUGUUAUUAUCAUACUAUAAAAUGAUUAUUAUUUUUUGAUUUUUUGAAAGUAUUCUCCUGUGAUCAUAAAAUAGAUUAUUUUUACUUGUUUGAAUAAAUUAUUUUUUGUCUGAAUUAACAACCUAAUGACUUGUUAAAUAAUGUUCUUAUAUUUGUUUUUCACAUGUAAAUGUUACAUAUCAUGUUAGUUCAUAGAACAAAAUAUUGUGAGUAUAUCUGCAAAUUGUAUUGUUUUAUCUUGAACAAAAUGUACUUGAACUUACUGUUUGUCAAAAGAAUGAAUACAGGCAUGUUUUGAUAACUUUAUAUAUGUUUCUCAUAUGAAAACAUCAUUGUUACUUUUAAUAUACAUGUCAAUCAUGUUUACUAUAUCAAAAUUAGGAACAAUGUAUUCAGGUAUUGUGAUGAACGUUUUGCUUCCAUUUUGUACUUUUUCAAUUUUUACUAAAAUCCUGCAUCAAAAAUAAUCUUAAACUAUUUUGAGACUCGUCUUACUGAAUAAUGCCACAGUUUAAGUUCUGCCAGCAAUAUAGGCCUGUUUCACCCUCUUGAGUCCCGAGUUCCAGGCCUAAUGAAAGGUGCCACAGUAUGAGUUCUGCCUGCAAUAUAGGCCUGUUUCACCCUCUUGAUUCCCGAGUUCCAGGCCUAAUGAAAGGUGCCACAGUCUGAGUUCUGCCUGCAAUAUAGGCCUGUUUCACUCUCUUGAGUCCUGAGUUCCAGGCUUACUGAAAGGUGCCACAGUUUGAGUUCUCCCUGCAAUAUAGGCCUGUUUCACCCUCUUGAGUCCUGAUUCCCGGCUUACCGAAAGAUGCCACAGUUUUACUGCCUACCAUAUAGGCCCGUUUCAUCCUCUUGAGUACCGAGUUCCCCUUAAAAACACUGUUAAUGAUAUGCAGGGUCUAAUUGCCCUUCUUUUGCUGUUGUUGAAACCCCGCUGCUUCCCCAGGGGCCAGACUCCAUUGUUUUCUCUCUCCCAAAAUAGCCUCUAAAAUUACCGAUUUCAAUUAUCAUUUUUUUAAGAAAAAAAUAAUUUUAUAUAAUGAGAAUCACAAGAUUCAUUAAUUGAUGUUUCUGAGUGAUAUAUUUACUUCUUUUUUCUUAUAUUUAGUUCCAAACUGUUUUAAAAGACAAUGAAUUUUUCCCAAAACGAAAAAAAAAAACGUUUUUAUUUUUUUUCAACGAAAAAGGCUAGGGUGUCGUCCCAAUAACUGGUAAUAGGGCCCCCACGUAUACCUAAACAGGGGAAGGGAUUGAGCCUUGGACAUGCUUUUAUUGGGCUAGCUCUUACAAUACCACCUAUUGUGCUCACUAUUGAUUUGGUAUUGCUGUUAAAAAAGAGUGAAAUUAUUAAUUAUACUGGGGUGAAUCUGAUGUCUUUUUGUUGUGUGGCAAAAGUUCUGUAUGGUACAUGUAUCAUGAAAAAAGUGUUUGUGCAUCAUUUUAUCAGGCUUAAUAAUGUUUGUAUACAUGUACUCCUCACAGCAUCUAUUUACAUUCCUGUGAUGACAGUGGUAUAUUUAAUUGUGAAAAAGAUUUUAACCAAGAAAUAUAAUCUUGAAGUUGUUUUGUUUUGUUUAACAUUGACUAUUUGUACAAUUAUGUCAUUUGAGCAACAUGUCUAAAAGCUGCACUCUCACAGAUUGACUGAAUUGACAACUUUUUCAUUUUUUGGUCUACGAACCAGCUGAUUAUGGCAUCCAUGUUUUCAAAAACACAGUAAAACAGAAUUCAGUUGUUUGGAAAACUGCCGAAAGUUUCUGUAAGCACUAGAAAUAAAUAUUAAACACUGCGAUCUGUUCUUUGAUCAGCAGUCUUAAAUCACCGUUUUUCAGUCAUUAACGCAAUAUUUGGCUCAUCCCCAGACAAAACAUAAAGUUGCUUAAACUGUCUAUCUGUGAGAGUGGAGCUUUAAUUAUUGUGCAAAAGAAACACCAAAAUGUCUUCCAUGAAAUUGUCUUCACUUUCUCCUUAUGCUGUGAUGUCUGGAAAAAAGGUGUCAAUUUCUACAAAAUAUUAGCAAAAUUGUUUAGAAAAUGACAUUUAAGGUACUGUAAAAUGCACUUUUUGCAUGAUGAAAUAAAGCAAGGGGAAAAUCAUUAGGAAUGUUAAAACCAAGAUACCAAAAGCUGGAGCCCUUCAGCAAAUGUUGAUAUAUGCUCAAAUAUUGUCUUUGGAGACCACGCUAAUGGUAACUUAAUAAAUGUCUUGUUUUUGUAUGAUUGGUUGAUUGACAUUAUCAUGUGAUGUUACCAAUGUAUUGUUAAAAGCUUGAAAUAUCCAUCGCUUUUGUAUAAGUUUUGGUGGUCUAGUGGUUAAGGCAGCAUUUUCUAAUUUUUUCUUGACUUAACCAGCAUGGGUUUGAACCCCACUAAAACCUAAACAUCGAUAAUAUAGAGUAAAUUAAUGAUACAGUUUGUGUUUUCCGAUGCAUUUCAGGACAGUUUUGUGGCUUGGAAUGAGCCAAUUUUUGCGUAAAUGUCUGGAAACCAGUGGAUCAAGACUCGUGACAAAAUAUCAGAUUACAGUUUUUUUUUUUAUAUUCAUGUUCUUAAAUUGAUGUUAUAUAAGUGUUACUAAGGCUUUAAAAAAAUGUAAUUUCGUUAGUUUUUCUAAAUAGCUGCUAUCUGUUCUACUGCGAUUAUCUGAUAUGACUGGAUUGAAGACAUUGAUACCAAAAUAAGCUGAUUCUGAGACAAAAUCUAAAAAAAAAUGUCAAAUGGUCAAACUGUGGGAGUGCAGCUUUAAAAGCACUCGCUUAUGUUUUUGGACCAAGUAUAAGUGUUGCUGGUAUUGCAUCUGAAAACACAUAUUUUAUCAUUAUUUUACUCUAUGAUAUUGAAAUUUCAGAAAUAUACAUUUAUAGGAUAAAAACGUAUUUCUUGUAACAAAUAUUGUACUAUUCACUAAAUGUUGGUAUCGUUGUUAUUAUUGUGCCGUCAAAGUAAACAUUGUGCUAGGAAUCACUUUAUUUCAA